UAGGACAAAGACUCUAUGUCAGUUUAUGCAUUUUUUACGAAGAGACAGACUUGAUUACAUUUAUUAUUACAAAAGGUGCACUUAUAUCGAUAUUAAUACAGUGUAGUAGUUUACAACAUUUUGGCUGUGGAUUAGAGUGUAAAAUCUUAUUUUUCUAUACAUAUAUCUGUGCUAUAAUGUUUAGUCUGACAAUUCAAAAGUGCAAAAUGCAAAGAAAAUGGCGGCUGUUUAACGCCACGGAUUUUCAAUCAUUAAUGUACCCCUGCUUCACUUUUUGCCGAAUUGUCGGAGUAUUUCCGUACAAGAUCAGUGCUUCAACUUUUGAGAUUUCAAAACCGUAUUAUAUUUUGUCAACUAUGGUUGUCUGCAUUUGUUGCAUUGCUAACUUGGUAUUCAUCCAUGCUAUUAUGAUUUCUGGACAAAUUACUUAUGGAGGCAUAAUUGGGAAUAUUGGAGCUGUAUUUUACAUUAUAUUAACCGGUUUGAUAGUAAUCAUCACGCAUAUCUUGAGUGUUCCACGAAUGCGCCUGCUACAGACUAUUUUGGAAAUCUCUUCGAAACUAUCCUCGAAAUCAUAUCAGAAAUUAUCCAGACUGAUACAUAUCAAGGAUAUCUUGGUGAUCAUGUUGUUAGUCGCGCACGUAUUAAUAUAUCUUGUUAAAGUGGAAUGGAAGGAGUUUCGACGUAAUUGUUUACAUGUUCUAACUUUAUUAUUGGAUAUAUAUAUGGGCUUACUAGUGCUUCAGAUGAAUAUGUUAUAUAUAAAUUGUGUUUGUGUAUUAAUGGCCUGUUUAAAAAAACUCAACAAUGAUCUAGUACAUAUGCAAAGACUUACAGACGAUACGAAGUCAUCUGUUCCCAGUUCCAUUUGCCUUAUACAGAGGAAUGAAUUUUUCCUAACAAGACUUAAAACUUUAAUGAAACAGCAUCUGAUGAUUAACCGGACGGUGCGAAUGUUGAAUAUAAUCUUCAGUCUGCAAAUUCUUGCUAUUAUAAUUAUGUCCUUUUUUGAAAUUACUUUGCAUUCGUACUUCUUUGUAAUACACUGGCAAGAUAAGUUACUUAUUGGUCUUGAUUGGCAUAUUUUCGAUGCGUUUUUAACAACUGUGUUGUAUUAUGUUAUACAAAUAACACUAAUUGUGUGGGCUUGUGAGACUGGUAAAAAUCAAGCACAAAAGAUUACUACUACCAUUUACGAUAUACUUAAUAACACAACAGACGAACAAAUCAAAGCAGAGUUACGUCUGUUUUCAUUGCAAAUACUGCAUUGCGAAAAUACAUUUUCGGCUAAAGAUGGUGGGCAGCAUAACAACAUACAUGUUAAUCUUGGUACAAUUUUUGAUCACGACACAAUCUUGCAAUAA